AUGGGGUCAUUUUCCUUGCUCUUCUGUGAGAGGUUAUUUUAUCAGUUCAUUGCUAAACCAUGUGCCUUAGGCCUUAAAGUCCAAGCCAACGGACCGCAGAAAGCUCAACCUAAUGCUAUCCUGGAAAAAGUUUUCACAGCUAUUACAAAGCAUCCAGAUGAGAAGAGGCUGGAGGGCCUCUCCAAGCAGCUGGACUGGGAUGUACGCAGCAUUCAACGCUGGUUUCGACAAAGACGCAACCAGGAAAAGCCCAGCACUCUUACGAAGUUCUGUGAGAGCAUGUGGAGAUUUACAUUUUACCUUUAUAUAUUUACCUAUGGAGUACGGUUCCUGAAAAAGACACCCUGGCUCUGGAAUACCAGACAGUGCUGGAAUGGGUAUCCAUAUCAGCCACUGAUGCCCGACCUUCAUUAUUACUACAUCGUUGAAUUGUCAUUCUACUGGUCCUUAAUGUUUUCUCAAUUCAUUGACAUCAAAAGAAAGGAUUUUGGCAUCAUGUUUACACAUCACAUUGUAACAGUCACCCUGAUAACCUUCUCAUAUGUAACCAAUUUGACACGAGUGGGAACCUUGACCUUAUGUCUCCAUGAUGCGGCUGAUGUUGUCCUAGAGGCUGCCAAAAUGGCAAACUAUUGCAAGUGUCAAAAACUGAGUGACCUUCUGUUCCUUUCAUUUGCCAUUGUCUUCAUUGUCAGUAGGCUUGGCAUAUAUCCCUUAUGGAUAUUAAACACAACAUUGUUUGAACUAUAUGAAUCUCUGGGCAAUUUUCCUGCCUUAUGGGUCUUCAACGUGCUGCUUGUGGUUCUUCAAAUUCUGCACUGUUUUUGGUCUUACCUAAUCAUAAAGGCAGCUUACAAAGCUAUUUCAAAGGGCAAGGUAGCAAAGGAUGACCGAAGCGACAUUGAGUCCAGCUCAGAUGAGGAAGAAACAGUACCUCGUUCAAAGACCCCACACAGCACUAUUACCACUAAUGGGACUGGUGGUGCCAAUGGGACAAACGGGUAUCUUACUGGUGGCACUUGCUCGGAGGAGCAUUAAGUCUUGAGUUCUGUCAUGAGACACGAACAAAAUGAACUGUUAGCUACUGGAAGUAAAUUAUAAGUUGUGAAUGCAGUUUCUUCGUAUAUCUCAGCAUCAGAAAAAAUUAGGAGUAUCAAAGCAUUCUGAUAGCGCACUGCCAUAUUUCCUGUUUGUGAAUGAAGACAACACACCAUUCUGUAUACGUAGGCAUGCUGUAUGUGUAUGUAACUGACACAAUGGGAGCAGUAUUUUCACUUGUACUGUCUUUGAAAUAUUAUUUAUUUUGUAUUCCUUUGGGAACUUCUGGACAAAAGGGAAUAUCCAUUCUCAAAGUUAUCUCUUGGGAUUCUCAGUGGUGGAGACCAUCAUGCUCAGAUCUCUUCUGUCCAUCCUUGUUGCUUUUGCUCAAUCUGCUAUAAGUAAUAGUUGCUCAAUUUGUUACUUACAGUAAGAUAGAACAUAUCUUUAUAGAUGCUAGAUCUGCUUCAGAUAUUUUUGCUGUCUUUGUGUUUUAAAGUGCUGGUUUUGAAAUUGCCUAUCAAAUCACAGUGGCCGUUCCUCCAACAUAAAGUUUUAAAACACUGGAUUGAUAUUUUAAAUAGUAGGUAAUGUGGUCAAUUAGCAAUUCAGGGGGGAAAAAAUGUGGUAAUUGUGGGAUAUUAUUUUAGCAUAAUUUAAAAUUCGGUUUGGUGGUUAAUUGCAUUAGAAGUAGACUUGAUUAGUUGUGCAAAUACCCAGAAGCAUUGAUGUCAACAGUUAGGAUAAACUCAUUCUCACUUUUUUUUUUGCC